AUGGAUCGCUUUGUGACAAGGGAUACGCCACUAUCUAAUAUUGACUUGGAUGAUUUGCCAUGGGAUCCGGCGAAGAGAAAAAAUAUUCUGAGCUAUCAUCCUAAUCAAAGAGAUGAAGUACGACGCAAAUAUUUGAGUAGAGGACCUUGUCAACCUCGUGGUCACAAUUUUAAAAAAACAGCAAUUGGAGGAGUGUUACGACGUUUUAAUCCAAAGUGGUUUGAUAAGUAUGGCGAUUGGUUGGAAUAUAGUGUGGAGAAAGAUAAAGCUUUUUGCUUGUGUUGUUAUUUAUUCAGAGAUCAAGCACAAAAUCAAGGUGGGAGUGAUUGCUUUGUAUCAACUGGUUUUUGUGGUUGGAAUAAGGGGUUGGAUCAACAUGUGGGUUCAGAUGUGAAUAGUUUUCACAAUAAUGCCAAAAGGAAAUGUGAGUAUUUGAUGAGACAAGGAUUACCGUUUCGUGGUCACGACGAAUCAGAUGAGUCAGUCAAUAGAGGUAAUUUCUUAGAGCUCCUGAAAUAUACUGCUGGUCAGAAUGAGAGUGUAAGAAAAGUUGUAUUGAAUAAUGCUCCUAAAAACAAUCAGAUGACAUCUCCACCCAUUCAAAAGGACAUUGUACAUUGCUUUUCGGAAGAGGUUACUAAAUCUAUUAUUGAAGAAAUGGAUAACGAUGUCUUUGGUUUGCUCGUAGAUGAAUCUGCUGAUGUAUCAGACAAAGAGCAAAUGGCAGUGGUUUUUCGCUUUGUUGAUAAGUAUGGGUUAGUCAAAGAAAGAUUUGUUGGCAUUAUUCACGUGAAGGAGACAUCUUCUAUAUCUUUGAAGUAUGCUAUUGAUUCUUUGUUUGCGAAAUAUGGAUUGAGUUUGAAACAGGUGAGAGGUCAAGGGUAUGAUGGAGCUAGUAAUAUGAAAGGAGAAUUCAAUGGACUAAGAUCAUUGAUUUUGAAAGAAAUAGGAAAAAAACAUUUUGAAGUUGGAGAAUUUUUUGACAUGAUUUCUUUUUUGAUGAAUGUGGUUGGAGCUUCUUGCAAGAGAAAAGACCUUAUACGGGAAAACUACAGAAAAAUAGUGGAAGAAGGGAUUAGCAAUGGUGAAAUUAAGACUGGAACUGGGCUGAAUCAAGAAAUUUCCCUUCAAAGACCUGGAAAUACUCGUUGGGGUUCACAUUACAAGACUUUGUUACGACUUGUUGAGUUGUUUUCUUUUGUAGUUAAAGUUCUCGAGUAUAUCCAGGAUGAGGGCACAGACUCCACCAAAAGACAACAAGCAUAUGGUAUUCUCAAGUAUUUUCACACUUUUGAUUUUGUUUUCUAUCUACACUUGAUGCUGUUUGUUCUGGGUCUCACUGAUAGCUUAUCAAAGGCUUUACAAAGAAAAGAUCAAGAUAUCUUGAAUGCUAUUUCUUUGGUGGAAUCCACUAAAAGUCAGUUGCAAAAGCUUAGAGAUGAUGGAUGGGGUACUUUUAUGGCUGAAGUUAGUUCUUUUUGUGAGAAAAAUGACAUUGGAUUUGUCAUAGUGGAAGAAGAAUUUGUUGACUCAAGAAGACCAAGGAAAAAAACCGGCAUAACAACCUUGCAUCACUAUAAGGUAGAUUGUUUCUACAAUGUCCUAGAUAUGCAACUUCAAGAGUUUAAUGAUCGUUUCGAUGAGGUAAAUUCAGAACUACUUGUUUGCAUGUCUUCCUUGAGUCCGAUAGAUUCUUUUCGACAGUUUGAUAAGUCAUUACUCAUGAGAUUGGCUGAGUUUUAUCCCGAUGAUUUUAGCCCUAUGGAGCGUAAAUCUCUUGAUCUUCAACUUGAGAUCUAUCUUGAUAAUGUGAAAAGAGAUGAAAGGUUUGUAGAUUUAAAGAGUCUUGGUGAUCUUGCUCGUGUGAUGGUGGAGACAAGAAAACAUCUUUCACAUCCUUUGGUAUAUCGGCUUCUGAAGUUAUCUUUGAUUGUUCCUGUUGCGACUGCAACCGUCGAAAGAUGUUUCUCUGCAAUGACCUUUGUGAAGACGACUUUGCGUACUAAACACUAUUACAAACGAAUCAGUGAUAAAACGAUUCCAAGACAUGAGUGA